AUGCUUCAGCACGCAAUCAAAGACGCGUUCCCUGGAAUAGACACUGUCAUCCCGCUUGGCGCGUCUUCUACUAUACUGAGAGGGGCGCUAGUUUAUGGUCAUAGCCCGACAUCUAUACAAGAGAGAGUUUUGAAAUAUACCUACGGAGUUGAAGUUGCCGAGAAGUUCAAAGAGGGGAUUGAUCCAGAACAUCUUAAGCUUACCACUGCAAAAGGGAAAAGAUGCUGGGUAUUUAGCAAACAUGUUGAAAGAGGUCAGAUCGUAAAAUGCAAUGAACCGCACGUGGAGAAAAGUUACAAAACGGCUCACAAUUUCCAACGCCGGAUAACAUUUCGUAUUUUCGCCACCGAACUGACGAACGUUAGGUAUACAGACGAAUGUAUUUACACAUUGGGAAAGUCACACUUAAGUUCUAUGAACCAGAGGAGUUACCAGGAAGAGGUGUUGUUGUCUCUAUGA